CAUACUAUUAAUAAGAAUUUCAUAUCGGCAAAGACAACUGAGGUCCCAAAAGACUUAAAACCCUCCCACGUUUUAAAAAACCCGCGGGGUCAUUCUGCCCAAUUGCUCGAAGAACUUCUCGAUCCCUCUUCUGCUACUCCGGCGAGCUCUGUCUUGUCAGCUACGCUUCCUGGGUGUCGACUCCAAGAGCUAGGGUUUCUUCUCCUCUGCAGGAAUCAUGUACGGCGGCGACGAGGUCUCGGCGAUAGUUCUGGACUUGGGCUCCUACACAUGCAAGGCUGGCUACGCCGGAGAGGACUCCCCGAAGGCCGUUUUCCCAUCUGUUGUUGGAUCAAUUGAUCAAGUGGGAGUUGUUGAUGAGGUUAAACCCGAGAAAGACUCCGAAAUCACGUAUGAUUCUAAAAAUGCUGACAAGACAAAGACAAGGAAGCUAUACGUAGGCUCCCAAGCCUUAGGGUAUAGACGCGAUCAAAUGGAGGUGAUAUCACCUUUCAAGGAUGGAGUUGUAGAUUGGGAUAUUGUUGACAAUAUAUGGAAUCAUGCAUUCAGGGAAUGCCUUCUAAUUGAUCCAAAGGAGCAUCCCAUGCUGCUUGCAGAACCAUCAUCGAACACUCCCCAGCAAAGAGAGAAGGCAGCAGAGCUUAUGUUUGAGAGUUAUAAAGUUCCUGCUUUAUUUGUUGCAAAAAAUGCUGUUCUUACCUCUUUUUCUUCUGGACGUGCUACAUCUUUGGUUGUUGACAGUGGUGGCGGGUCCACAACUGUAGCUGCUGUGCAUGAUGGUUUUGUGCUCCAAAAGGCUGUUUUGACAUCCCCAGUUGGUGGUGAAUUAUUGACUGACUGCAUGAUGAAAAGCUUGGAAAGCAAAGGCACAACGUUAAGACCUAGAUAUUCAUUUAAGAAGAAAGAAAUACGCCAAGGAGAGUUUCAGAUCAUUAAUCUUGACUUUCCAAAUACUACUGAAAGUUACAAGUUGUACUCACAGCGAGCUAUUGCCAGCGAUAUUAAGGAAUCUGUCUGCCGAGUUCCUGAUACUGCUUUUGAAGAAACUGCUUAUGCAAAUGUACCUAUGACUUCUUAUGAGCUUCCUGAUGGGCAGACUAUAGAGGUUGGGGCAGAUAGAUUUAAGAUUCCUGAUAUCUUGUUCAACCCAUCGCUAGUGCUGACGAUUCCUGGAAUGGAGAGCUUUACCAGUUCUACUUCUGUUAGUGGGCUUUCACAAAUGGUUAUUGAAAGCAUAAACAGAUGUGAUGUGGACAUCAGAAGGGAACUAUUUAGCAGUAUAUUGCUUGCUGGUGGCACAGCAUCGAUGCUGCAGUUGAAGGAACGUCUUGAGAAGGAUUUGAUGGAGGAAGCCCCUCAAGCCGCACGUGUUAAAGUAUUGGCGAGUGGAAAUUCAACCGAGAGGCGAUUCAGUGUGUGGAUAGGAGGGAGCAUUUUAGCAUCACUUGGAUCAUUUCAGCAAAUGUGGUUCUCCAAGGCAGAAUACGAAGAGCAUGGAGUUUCAUACAUCCAAAGAAGAUGCCCUUAAGGUUGCAGGAUUAGAGAAUAGGUUUAGUCACGCUAUCUAUCUUUGCAUUUCCCUUAAUUUGCAGAUUGUAUGUUCAUCUUUGUAUUUCCUUUCCACUUAUCUUAAUUUACCAUUAAUUUCAUCGGGCCUCAAGAAUUGUAUUGUUCUCUUUGGCUCAAACUUUUCGUUUCAAUUUGUUGUCUGUACUUCCAAAUCCUUACAGUUGAGUUUGAAAGAGUAAUGAUUUUAGAUGAUUGUUGAAAGUU